UCAAGCUUGUUUUCGUCCACUGCUUAAGCUCGUUGAGCUUCUGUGCCAUGGACUGCUUACCCCAGAGGCCGCCAGGGCCGGUCACGAAACAGAUACCGCGCCUUGAUGAGGCCAUUUCCAGUCUGGAAGAGCUUCAACAAAGUGAUGAAAUUGAAGCCGCAAUGUCGCUCCUCAUGCGUCUCAUCGCCAUCGACGAAUCAAUAUUUUGUGCGAUCUUUCAGCAUGUCGAGGAGGAGACCUUGGGGGUGCGGGACAUCAUGGGCCGCACUUUGCUUCACUAUGCAGCCACUUUAGGUCGUCUCAGCGCCUUGUCCUUGCUGCUGGCCUGCCCGGCAGUGGACCCCAACUGCCGGGAUGAUCGCGGGGACACUGCACUCCACCUGGCAGCUGGCAACGGGGAGCGCGGUGCCUGCGAGCUUCUGCUGAAGAAUCAUCGUGUUGAUCGCAGCGUGCAGGACGAGGAUGGCCGGACUGCACUCGACAUCGCACAUUCUUCGGCGGCGCACUACUUUGCUACCGAGGCGGUUCACGCCCUUGCACUCUGAAUUGAUGCAGCAGAUGUCAUGAGCAUGGUUGUGAGCUAUCUCAUGAUCUAUGUCAUUAUGUGAAUGAGUCAGACAGCCAUUUUCCACGGGCUCGUUCAUGUUCCAGUCUUCGAGAUAAUAAGCAUCUCCCGCGUAGCUUGAAGGUCAUCGAAGUCCACCUGGGCUCCGCAAUUCUUUAAGAAGGGCCUUCUUUGUCCAUCGUUCGGGCAACCACUCAGCUGCGCUCAAAAAUGUGGCGAGG